AGCAUAGUGGGUAUUAGUGGGGCUUGGUCUUCGCCGGCUGCAGAGGAUUACCCAAUCCCGAGCGCCUUUGGUGUCUGCUCUGUCUCUUCCUAUAAAAAAUUCAAAUCCCAUAAACACGACUGCCCCUGUGAAACAUGCGUUCCUCGUUUUUGCACUUACUUAUGCCGCUCCCUGGGAAUACCUUGUGAUGACUUGAGCUACAGUGUUUGCAGGGAUAGGAUUAACUACUUGAAGAGAUACGUUCUGAACGAUAUUCCUUCCUGCUCAGAUCUCCUCACUUCAGACAACCUCUUUGCGCUCUCAUCACUCGGCUACAAUAUGAGCAGACUGCAGAUUCCCUCUUUUGGCAGGAGGAAAAAUACUCCCCCAGUCAUUCCUGCUGCUGGGGCGACCUCCUCUCCAGCGUCGGCUUCUUCUUCAGCCACCAUAUCUGACACUGUCCCGAGCGCAGUGGCUACUAACCCUGCUGCCAGCGCCCCUGCGGCCAACCAGAACGCGCCCUCCCCAGCUACCAUAGCUCCUGCUGCUGCGGGGGGCGGUCGGGACAAAGAGCGAGGCAAAAGGCCUCAUCCUGACAGUGAGAUCGACCCUGAGGAGGAGCCUCUUAUUAGAAGGACCCGAGUCUCUGGGCCGGGUACUCUCUUGCACCGAGCGAUCAGAGCUCCUUCUCACUCUGGGCCUCCUGCAGCUGGUGGCUCUGCUUCUGCUUCAGGCCCCCCUUCUAUCCCCAGCUUGCCGCCAUGGGCCCCUCGGUACACUCGAACGGAUGGGACGUUCGUGAAACCGAACGAGACCAUGCUGAAGGAUGGCCAGACCGCUAUGGCCUACUACAGGAGCAUGUGGACUCCGAAGGACAUUGAGGCGGCAAAGGGCCUUUCCCAGAAGGACGUGUUCAGUCGCUUUCCCCAAUCUGCUAUGGAGACAUUGUUUGGGAUGAUGGCCAUGCAGAAGCAGGUGGAAAUGGGGAACGCCAGGGCCCGAAAGUAUUCUGACAGCCUGGAGGUGGCUAAUAAAGAGAACGACCUCCUUGCCAUGAAGAAUACCGAGGUGCUGGUUCGGCUUGACAAAGCCGAGCAAGAGAGAGAUGUCCUGAAAAAGGAGAAUGAUUCCCUUCAGGACGAGAAGGACGCCCUCCAGCUCGAGAAGAGCGUCUGGCAGACUGAGCAGGAAUCACUCAGAGAAGAGAAGGCAGAACUCCAACGUCUUCUAGCUGAUGAACAGUCUGCUCGGAUGGCUUUUGAAAAAAGAGCUCUGGACGAGCGUACCGCUCUGAUCGACGCUAUCAGCAGAGUGGGUGGUGGGAUGCUGGCCCUUCAUGCUCGGUUCUCCAGGGUCGGUGCUCUUCGGUAUGCUCAAGGAUUCCGGGAAGGCUUCGCCGACCGGGUUCCGGAUGAGGGACAGACCAGCUCCACUCCGGAUGAGGUAGACAAGGAUCUGGGGAUCGAGCCUCUGGGGGUCUAUGUCGACCCAGAACCCACCGAAGCGGAGCGUAUAUUUGAUGAGUGCCAGGACAUCGCAUCCUCAAGGAUCAUCACAGCUCCUCCUACCGCUCUGCCACUGACCGCUCCCCAUUCGUCAACCGUGGCUCCCUCUGUAGCCACUGCUGACGCUGAACCCCAGCCGAACGACUCAGUUAUUCACCUGGAUUCCCCACCUCAUGAAGGUGAGGCGGCUGAUGGGGCCGAGGAGGCGAGUCGGCAGGACCAGGAUGCUGUUGGUACUGAGGCGUCUAGCUAGGGCUCCUUCGAAUUCUUCCAGUUCAUAUCUUCUUGUAAUGAUGGACACCUCUCUUUUGUAAACUAAAUGUUCAAUAUUAAUGAAAUGGCCGAACUCUUUUUCUCUAUGUGUUGUGCUCUGUUCAGCUUAUCUUCAGUACAUAUAUAUCUUUUCUCUCUUUUUCUUUUUACAUUAGUUUUGCUGUGUGUUUGUACGGCAAGUGCCUGGCGCUCGGCUAGAAUGCCACUUGCCACUUGGCUUUAAAUUUUU